AUGACUAUCAUGCAAUCUUCGAAGAUAUGGUCCUCCCUGGCCGUGUUCCUGGCAGUCCAGGGCACCCAGGCAGACCAGCAAGUUCUUCGUACCCCAAGCAAUCGAUUCCAUCUCGACGAGCUUGUGGUUGUCACUCAUCAACCCUCAGGACAAGUCAAGUGUUGUCCCCCGGGCUUCGACUUUGACGGCAGCAACUGUGUCCCUGGCGCUCCAAUCUGCCCGGACAACUCGGUCCUGAAAGGAGACAAGUGCGUCUCAACCUCAAAGCCAGUCUGCCGCGAAGGCAAGUGGAAUGGCUGGGCCUGCGUUACCGUUGAAAGCCCCUCCUGUCCAGCAGAUUUCGUGCUUAAGGGCAGCACCUGCGUCACCGCCACCGGGCCCUCCUGCCCAGGCACUGAAGAGGUCCGUGGCAAUGUCUGUGUCUCCAAGAAGCGGCCAAGCUGCCGCAGUGGCGCAACCUUCCAUCAGUCGAAGGGUUGUGUCAGCAUCGCUAGCCCUGUGUGUCCCGAUGGCUUCCGGUUCAAGGGCAGUCAGUGUAUCUCAGCAGUGCCGCCCACGUGUGGAGAGGGUGCUCGCUUUGACACCGACAUCAACCGCUGCGUUUCCGAGGAGCCUCCCUCCUGCCCCGUGGCAGGCACCAAGCCCAAGGGGAAGCUCUGCGUGUCUGAGCUCAGGCCUGUCUGCCCGGAUGGUAGUACAUUGAGCAAAGAGGGAUCUUGCAUUUCCAAAGGAAAGCCCCAGUGCCCAGAUGAUUCCAAACUCGACGGUGGUAAGUGCAUCUCUACAGGAUCGCCUUCGUGCCCCACGGGCACCGACCUCUCCGUCGAUACCUCAUCCAAGAGCGCGCGCUGCUGCCCCAAAGCAAUGACUUGGGAUGGCAAGGUGUGCAGCUUCGCCAAAGGUCCGGAUGAGAAAUGUCCCCCAGGCACGACAUUGGUCGACGGUCGUUGCCGCAAACAGGCUAUCCAAUUGCCGGAGUGUGCUCCGGGAUACAAGUUCGAGGGAAGUCGCUGCGUCUCACGUACGCCUCCAAUCUGCUCGCCAGGUCAUGUACGUAAAGAUGAUCAGUGUAUCGUCACCGAGAAGCCAUUGUGUGCCGAGGGCUUUGUCCUGACGGGCGCGGAGUGCGUUUCCACCCGGCCAUCUACCUGCCCAGAUGGCACAGAGCAUGAGCAUGAUAUGUGCGUGGAGACUCAAGACCCGGUUUGCCCGGAUGGAACCACCUUGCAGGGCAAGGACUGUGUGCGUGGUGGUGUUCAGGGGUGCGAAGAUGGAGUCUGGGAUGGUCAAGACUGCAUCACAACCGGCCGGCCCACUUGCGACGACGAAUUCAGAUUCGAUGGAAAGGAUUGUGUCUCGGAAAGUGACCCCAAAUGCCCUCCGGGCACCGUCCCGAAUGCCGAUGGGGACUGCAUCACCAGUGAGGUACCAGAAUGUCCCCCAAAGACCAUGCUUCUUGACGGGGAAUGUGUCAGCGAAGGUACUCCUGAAUGUCCCCCUGGCCAAACCUUCUCCGGUCAACAGUGCAUUCACAAUGGGACACCCGCUUGUGCCGCGGGAUACAAGCUAGUCGGAGGCCAAUGUCUAGACACGAAGGCCGCCGGAUGCCCACCAGGCUACGCGGACCGAAAUGGCGUCUGUAUCUCGACAGAAACACCAAAAUGUGACGAGGGCACGACCUUCGACGGCAAGGCAUGCGUUGGAGAAAAGCCCAUCUGCCCACCGGGAACAAAGUUCGACGACCAAGACUGCGCAUCUAUCAACGACCCCGAAUGCCCACCAGGUCUCAAGUUCAAUGGACGCAAGUGCAUCACGGAAGAGGAUCCAAAAUGUCCCGACGGACAAGAACUCAACCAACAGACAAAGGAAUGCGAGCUCGAGGAAGGCCCCAGAUGCCCUCCAGGCCAGAAAUACAACGGCGAGCACUGCAUCCUGGGCUCGACCGACUGCCUAGAGUAUGAAUUCUGUCCACCCAGGGCCCCAGGACUUCUCCCAGAAAUCCCUUUCUGUCCCACGAACGACGGCACGAUCCUGUAUUCCGGCUCUGAGAAAACACCCUUCAAAGUCCACUGUGACACCUGUUACUUCUCCUCAGUAGAGCUGGUCAAAUCCGUAUCGAACCUGGACAGCAUCGAUGCAUGUGUCCAGGCCUGCGCCGACUCAUCGGAGACUGUUGGUUGUAACUGGUUCGCUGAAACAGGCGAGUGCAGGAUCCAUCCAUACUCGACUGAAGGACUUGACCCGCUCAAGGAGUGCACUGCCCUCGAGCGUAUUCGGUGA